AUGAUUGAUCGGUUGCCCUUAGAGAUUCGAAGUGUUGUGGCCCAGAACCUGCCGCAAACGGACAAGUUUCAUCUAUUGCUCACCAGCAAGAAACUUUACAGAAGCACUAUUGACAGUGUUUAUGAGUCUAUUGUCAUAGAUGGCAAUAUGAUUUAUUUCCAUCCCGAGUUAAGCUCUUAUUUAUACCAACGAAACAGCAGUAUUGAAGGGAGUGGUAACGCGUUUGUGACUUUGAUCCAUACAUACCAUGGUUUGAAGAGUUUUUGCAAAAGGCUGAUCAAAGACCCCAAGUUAAUAUCAAAGAUCCGGUAUUUUGAGAUAUCUAAUAACUUGCCAGACAACUUUAUCGAAUUUGAAAUCUACGAGUACUUGAUUAAAAUAUUCCCAGUGAUGACCAAUCUCCGAUUCCUUACAGUUAACUACAACUCCUGCUACAUUAAUUUGAACGCGUUCCUUAUGAAGUUACCUGAAACAGCCAGAAUGCAGAUCAAAUGCAUCGAAGGUGACUUUACUUCCAAUGUGCUUAUGCAUGGACCAACAGCAAGUAUCAAAGACAACAAUGACCUUAUUCGCAUAAGUUCCAACAGUUUAAGUAGCCUGAAACUUUACAAUCUAUCAAAGGAACUUGAUUUCAGGUUACCACCAAUGUCUAAUUUGAAUGUUUUGCACUUGAAUGGUAAAAACUAUAAUGCCUCCAAUUACAGAGUCCCUGCAGUUUAUAACAUCGUGAACACUCUGGGUAUAGACUUCAACUUUGUUCAAGAGAAUUUCAACAAGUUCUUUUAUAACGGAAUGACUAACGAGGUUAACGUCACCAGCUUCAACUCUAUCUUCAACCAUUACGAUAAUCAGUUAGUUAUUGAAGAAGAUCAAGAAGUGAUCAAUUUUCAUAGAAUAUUUGCCCCAGAAGUGAAAUUCGAUUCUCUAGUAGAAUUCAAAUUGGAUCAUUUUACCAUUGAUUACGCUAAUUUGGAAUUCCUUAGAAAACACCUAAAUUUGAGACAAUGUCAAAAGUUGUCCCUUUUGGAUAUCAAAGAGUUGACACAAUUCUUUGAUGACGACGAUCCUAUGGAGGAAGAAGAUUAUGAAAUUUCCGAUACCGAUUCAAUGGAUUUCCAAUUCAAUAUCAUAGGGGAUGAUAUUACUGAGGUGAUGCAGUAUGACGCGGCGAAUAACGAUCAACGAUUUCCUGAUGACCUUUUCUUCUUAUACAGUUUGAAAGACCAAGUGCAGAACCUCUCAGAGCUCAAUGUUAAGGUGAAAAACAAAGUGAAAGAUAUUGUUCCGCUCUUGCUUCAAAAAAUUGCACGUUUGGAAAAAUUAUAUGCAUUCAUAUAUUAUUACCCCAGCAGUAGGCAAUUUCGAAGCUGGAGCCAUCAGAUCAGGACUUACUUCGCUUCUUUGAAUAAGCACUCUAAUACUAUAACAAGGCUGAUAAUUGAUACCGAAGAUCAGGCAAACAACGAAAUUUUGGAAGUCCCAUCAUUUGUUUUAAAGCAUUACUUGCCCCUGUUUCACAGCUUAAGGUGUCUUCGUAUUCCGGUCUCAAUUCACCAUAUUCACCAUAUACUUUUGAGGUUGCAUGCUUUCAACUUAGAGUAUCUGGAGUUGAUAUUUCCAGAGUUUAAUUAUUGUCAAAAUGCAAGCCAAUCCAAUAGCAACAAUAGCAGCACUAGCAGCGUCAGCAGUGGGCUCAUUAUCAACAACGACUACAUGAACAGCUCUCCAUACGUAUCACAUGUCUUGUACAAUAGUGGGAAGACUAUUGAUGCGAAAGAAGUUAUUGACUGGAACCAAUAUUAUGGAUUUUCUGAAUCCUUAAGCCCAGGACAGCUCUUAGCUUUGGUCAAGUUUGAUUCAACUCAGAACUUGAAUUUGUCGUCCUUUAGGCUGAAGCAACUUGCUCGCUUAUUCAAGCUCAAAUUCCCCAGUCUGCGGUACCUCAAGAUCUUUAAUGUCAUCAUCAAGUUGGAUAGUCUUAGCCACAUUGAGAUUAGGGAGAAGGGCCUAGAAAAAUGGUUCAAUAGUCAGCUGUUGAGCUGA